UCAUUUCAUUAUUAUUUUUCAGGUUAUGUGUAUUGUGCUCGGAAUUUUAGAUAAUCGUCUCAAAUAUUAACUGAUUGAAAGCCAUUACUCGUGUCUCGUCUCGUCGAAUAAAUAAUGAGUACCAGGCUAUUGCAGCGGCUAAUAGCUCCGUCACGGAACUGCUUUAAAACCAUCCAUCCUCAUGUCACAAGUGUAAACGAAAAGAUAGUUCAUUACAAUGCCGUUAAUUUUACAGCAGUUCGAAAUUAUGCUAAAAGCAAAGAUAAAGGAAAAGAUAAAAAAGGUAAAGGUGGUAAAGUAGAGAUAAAUGUUGCAGCAAUAUCUGAGAUUGUGCCAGUGGACAAGAUGAAAGAACGGUGCCAUUCGGCUAUUGAGAAAAUGAAGGAAGACUUCGCAAAGAACCUGUCUCUACGAUCCACGACCGGCUCUAUUGAAUCACUCAUGGUGAAGUUUGAUGGCAAAGAUUAUGAGUUACAAGAACUUGCUCAAAUUGUGCGCAAGAAUCCUAAAACGAUAGUUAUAAACUUUGCAUCUUUUCCACAAGCCAUACCUAAUGCAUUGAAGUCCAUACAAGGAUCUGGGUUGAAUUUGAACCCUCAGCAAGAUGGCACUACUUUGUACGUACCUGUGCCUAAAGUCACAAAGGAACACAGAGAAGCAUUGGCAAAGAAUGCGAAGGCAUUAUACAUUAAGUGUAGGGAUUCAGUAAAAGAUGUUCAGUCAGACUUUGUCAAGAAAGUUAAGAAACAAAACAGUGUUUCUGAGGACCUGGUGUUCAAUGUAACCAAACAAAUAAAUGCCAUAUGUGAGGAAUAUCUCAAUGAGGCCAAAAAUAUUUAUGACGUAAAACAUAAUGAACUUGUGGGAAAAUAGUCAUACAAACUAUGCAUUUUAAUAAUUGAGUUUAAGAGUUACAGUAAUAAUUUAGAGAUUGAAUAUCUAUGUAGGUAAAAAUUAUAUUAUCCAAAAAUAUUGUUUUACCCAAGCUUUUAAUGCUGUGUUAGUGUAACAUCAACAUUAGGAAAUAAAUAUGCAAAGUUUCAAAUAUCCAUCAAAAAGUUCUCUCAUGAAAAGACUUGUGGGUGCAACAUCAGGUUAUUACAUUCACAUUGUAUAAAAAAAUCAUAAAUCCUUAAUCCUUAAUCUUGUGGUAGAAGUUCAAAUAUAACUUAGAACAUUUGUCCUACACUAACAAGUCAUAUUAAAUAAAAGCUUGUAAAAAUGUUAA